CUGUGCUCUGAACUGGCAGUUUUUCCCAGCUCCUUGCCCAGACCAAUCCUUCCAUGCUGUCUUCAAGCCCUGCUUCCUGCACAUCUCCCAGCCCAGACGGGGAGAACCCAUGUAAGAAGGUCCACUGGGCUUCUGGGAGGAGGAGGACAUCAUCCACAGACUCAGAGUCCAAGUCCCACCCGGACUCCUCCAAGAUACCCAGGUCCCGGAGACCCAGCCGCCUGACAGUGAAGUAUGACCGGGGCCAGCUCCAGCGCUGGCUGGAGAUGGAGCAGUGGGUGGAUGCUCAAGUUCAGGAGCUCUUCCAGAGUCUUGCUCUGUCACCCAGGCUGGAGUGCAGUGGUGCGAUCCAUUCUCUGCAACUUCUGCCUCCCGGGUUCAAUCGAUUCUCCUGCCUCAGCUCCCGGAGUAGCUGGGAUUACGGGAUCAAGCAACCCCUUCUGAGCCUGAGAUUGACCUGGAAGCUCUCAUGGAUCUAUCCACAGAGGAGCAGAAGACUCAACUGGAGGCCAUUCUCAGGAACUGCCCCCGCCCCACAGAGACUUUUAUCUCUGAGCUGCUCAGUCAACUCAAGAAACUCCGGAGACUCAGCCGGCCUCAGAAAUAAGCCUGAGAGACCAUCUUUAGCAGCCUCAGCACUGCCAGGCCUGCCCUGAAACUCCAGAUCCUGGCUAAGAAGGAAACAGCUCCUUGGGACACAAACAAGAAAUGUGGACAAGGAGGGACAUUUGCAUACUCCUACUGUCUGUGCAGUCACAGCUAGUUUCUGUCAGCUGGGCUCUCUGGGAGAGAGCUGGCUGUUGUCCAGUGCCUUCCUUGGCAGCCAAGUGGAUAAAACCUUUA